UCGAUUUUUCCCCAGUCGGAGCUAGUUUUUUCCCCCGAGUUCCCAGUGAUUUUGAACGCUCCGAAGUCGGAGAUUUCCUAAUUCCCCGUUGUUUUGAACGCGGCAAUAACAUGACCACCACUGUGCUGCUCCACAGCAAGCAACUGUAGAAUUCAACAUGGCUGCCUUGCACGAUCAGUAAGGGAGUUAUUUUCAAGUCAGAAGCGGAUAGUUAGCGUUUCACUAUCUAAAUCCAGAGAGAAAUACAUUUUCGUAGCCUGGGCCUAUCAAGCAGACCGCGAUGGCUCAGUGCGUACAGUCGGUGCAGGAAUUCAUCCAGGACUCGUUUGUCCCGAUGGUGGCGGUCCUGUGCAGCGAAGAUGCGGAGAAAGUGACUCGUAAAAACAACCUGAAUUUCUCGGAGCUGCUAAGGCCCUUCUGCCGGUUAACAUCCGAAGGUCACAUGAGGGACCCCAACAACCAGGUGCAGGUGGUGAAGAACCUUCGCAUCAGCGUCAACAAUGUGGUGACACGCCCUUCUGUCCCUGCCUCCGGCGUCCCUGGCCAUGCCCACCGACGGCUGCUCAGCGAGGUGGUGUUGACAUGCCAACCGGCUGAGGGUGGUGUUGCCAAUGUCAUUACUGCUGGCGACUAUGACCUCAAUAUUAGUGAUCGCUCUCUUAAAGCUAGCGUCCCCUGGUACAGUGACUGGAGGGACACACUAACGGAACUCAGCACCUCCAAGCACUACACAGCCACGACUCCCUGGUUUGAGGCAUACAGAGAGAGCUUCCUCCAGUCCAUGCCUGCCUCUGACCAUGAGUUCCUCAACCACUACCUCGCCUGUCUGUUGGUGGUGUCGUCCAGUGAGGCUGUACCAGUGGAGAAGUUCCUCAAGCUGUCUCAGGAGCAGCACAGGAUCCAGCACAGCGGCGAGUACACCAACCCCAAGUGGUUCAUCCCCAACACACUCAAGUACUACGUCCUGCUGCACGACAUGAGCCAGGGAGAUGAACAGCGGGCUGACUCUGUGUAUGAGGAUAUGAAGCAGAGGUAUGGUGCUCAGGGUUGUUACCUGUUGAAGGUCAACUCUCGUACUGCGGCAGCGGGAGCAGACGAACAGAUCCCAGACCCAUGGAGCCAGUACCUUCACAAGAACAGCCUGCAAAGCCAGGAUCAGUAUGAGGAUCCAGCCCCUGUAGUGGUGAACAACACUGCAUUACAGAACAACGUAGGAGGAACAUCUGAGGUGGACGGACACGACUCGGAAGAGAAAGACGGAAUCACCAACAGUCUGGCCACACGCCUUCACAUUGUUGACAAUGACAUUGUGUGUCGUUUAUCAGACGGAGUCUUGGUCAACAGUCUGGACAACACCCAUCCCCUCCAGCUGGAUACACCCAGUGACACGCCCGGUAGCCUCGACGCUCUCAGGGCCGUCGCCGUGGAAACCAAGCCACCGCCCAUCGCCACGGGAGUGGCAGCGGCCACCAGCCAUGGGGCGUGCCUAACGCUGAACGACCACGACCGCAUCAGACUGUUCAUCCAGGAGUUUACCUUCAGGGGACUACUGCCUCACAUAGAGAAGAACAUCAGACAGCUCAAUGACCAGCUGGUCUCCAGGAAAGGCUUGAGUCGCUCUCUUUUCUCUGCCACUAAGAAGUGGUUUGGAGGAGGGAAAGUUCCAGAGAAGAGUAUCGCUGAACUGAAGAACACUUCUGGCCUCCUGUAUCCCCCAGAAGCCCCUGAGCUGCAGAUCAGGAAGAUGGCUGACCUUUGUUUCCUGGUUCAGCUCUAUGACCUGGCGUACAGCUGCUACCACACGGCCAAGAAGGAUUUCCUCUCUGACCAGGCCAUGCUCUAUGCCGCUGGGGCACUGGAGAUGGCAGCAGUGUCUGCGUUUCUACAAGUUGGGGCUCCAAGGCCGUAUCCAGCACACUACAUGGACACGGCAAUACAGACCUACAGAGAUGUGUCCAAGAACAUGAUCCUAGCUGAACGUUGUGCUCUGCUCAGUGCUGAGGUACUAAAGAGUCAGGCCAAGUACUCUGACGCUGCUACCCUCCUCAUCAAGAUGACCAGUGAGGACUCUGACCUGCGUUCUGCCCUCCUAUUGGAGCAGGCAGCCCACUGUUUCAUUAACAUGCGGAACCCCAUGGUCAGGAAGUUUGCCUUCCACAUGAUCCUGGCAGGACACCGCUUCAGCAAGGCAGGGCAGAAGCGCCAUGCGUUGCGGUGUUACUGCCAGGCCAUGCAGGUGUAUAAGGGUAAAGGCUGGUCCCUGGCUGAGGACCAUAUCAACUUCACUAUUGGCCGCCAGUCCUUCACCCUGCGCCAACCAGAGAACGCUGUCACAGCCUUCAGACACAUCCUCACCAAUGACAGCCAGCAGACCUCCACACAGCAGGGAGCCUUCCUCCGGGAAUACCUCUACGUCUACAAGAAUGUUACGGGGGCAUGUGAGGUGGCGCUACCCCAGCUUCCCCUACCCUGCAUCAACAGCUCUGCCACCAGGGUCUACUUCGGCCAUGAACGCCGCCUGGCAGAGGGUGAGAAGCAGGCAGCCACCCACGUGUCCUUGGACCAGGAGUUUGACCGGGACCUAGCUGCCAUGUGGCAGGACCUCGAGGAACAGGUGGUUGCCGCCGCAAAACGUGGGGUCGUUCCAGCAACGUUUCAACCCACCCAGUGCUGCCUGAACAGUCAGACGGACAACCUCCGCUUCCCACUUGCUGUUGUGGAGGAACCCAUCAUAGUUGAGGUGGUGUUCCGGAACCCUCUGAAGGUUCCACUGGUUCUCUCUGACCUCUCGCUGCUCUGGAAGUUCACAUUCAAAGACUUCAAUCGACCGCAACCGCAGGAAGACUCGGUCGGAGAUGCUGUGGCCAUCAGCAACGAGAAGGAGGCCAGCGUUCCCAGGACCCCACAGAAAGAUGACGUCAUUGCCACAGAAGUCAUCCCAGAGUUCUACCUGAGCCCUGAGGAGACGAAAUUGGCUCGUCUGAAGCUGCUGCCCCACCAGACAGGUCAGCUCAACAUCCUGGGUCUAGUCUAUAACCUGGCCUCUACCUCCUCUACUGGAGACACUACUAUCAACAGCACCGCAGCCUCACAGAGCGAAGGUCCCUCAGCGGCAGAGGGGACAUCAGUUCGUGGUCGACAGGACCUAGAGAUCCAGGGACCGCGGUUGAACCAGACCAAAGAGGAGAAGACCUCAGUUAGCCACGGUCCUGACCGACGUCUUGACCCCACCAUCACUCCUCCCAUGCCCCUGCUAGAGGUAUUCUUCCUCCAGUUCCCUACUGCCCUGCUAUGUGGUGAGAUCAGGAAGGCUUACGUGGAGUUCUGUAACGUGAGUCGCGUUACCCUGUGUGGUCUGCGGGUGGCGUCCACGCACCCAGACUUCUUUACCUUUGGAAGCUCCUCCUUAGCCACACCUCUCACCCCCCUCAGCCCCACCUCUUUUGAAAACUGCUCCGCCUACAAGACCCUGGCCACACCCCCUGGCGCCACACCCGGGUCCGUUGCCGCGGUGACACUGGUUUCAGAGGGGGACUUUGGGUCAGGGAUAGGGUUGAGGGGAGGAGGAGUGGCCGGCACGGGGGGUAAAGGGAUAACGGAGAUCCCUCUAGGAGAGGGGACACUAAAGCCUGGAGAAUCUACCCAGCUGCCCCUGUGGCUGAGAGGACCAGACCAGGAAGGAGUCCACGAGAUCCACUUCCUGUUCUACUACGAGAGCGCUGAGCAGGGAGGCAAGAUCAGUCACAGGGUGUUGCGUCACACAGUAUUUAUUUGUGCCAGUCGUUCGCUGUCUGUUCGGGCCACAGCUUGCCGUAGUAACACACUGCCUGAGGAGGAGGAGGAGGAGAGGAACGGCAGCAUGCUGGUCUUUGUUGACGUGGAGAACAUCAACUCGAGCGAGGCUGGGGUGCGUGAGUUUCACAUUGCACAAGUCUCUAGCAGCAGUAAACAGUGGAGACUACACAAGUGUAUAAACCCAGCAGAAGACAAAGACUGCAAACUCACCAGCAGAGAGAGAGGAAAGCUGUGCUUCAGAGCAACACGAUGCAAACCCCUGCAAGUUCCUUUGAAGGCAGUAGAGAAAUACACAUUUGCAGACCUGAGCCUUGGGAAUGAACUGAUCAUCACCUCCACCACUCCAUGUGCAGAUUUCUUCUUCCGGAGGUGUCAGCCCUUGGAGUCUCUGAGACCUCCCGUUGCCAUGGAGACACAGGGGAGACAUUCCAGGAGUCAGGGGGUGGGGCAUGGGGGUGGGGCCAAGGAUAUAGCGGGCGUGGUCAGGAAGUGCAACGAGGUGGACCUCGACAUCAUCAUCCUCUGGAAGGCAUUUGUUGUAGAGGACAACAAGCAGGUGAUCCUAGAGGGACAGCUUCAUGUGGCCCUACAGACCAUCGACAAAGAGGCCUGCUCUUUGACACAGAAAGAGGAGGCUCAGGAGAUGGUGCUGCUGAAGUUUAAACCGGAGCUGCCGCCUCCAAUGACACGGCCCUCCAUGGAACAACUCUCCCACCUCAUCAAGACCAACCUGCAGUACCCAGAGAGCUACAGCCACCCCUUCAAUCAGAAGAGUCUGUGUAUGGUUCCAGUCACUUUGACUCUGUCUAACUGCUCCCUGGCUCAAGUUGAUGUCAUCAUUGACCUACGCCACAAAACAACCAGCCCUGAGUCUCUCGAGGUGCAUGGUUCGUUUACAUGGCUGGGCCAGACGCAAUUCAAGCUGCAGUUGGGGGCACAAGAAGUGAUGCGAGUGCAGCUGCAAGCCUGCUUCCUGCAUGCGGGCGUCUAUAAUCUGGGAACGCCACGGGUCUUUGCCAAACUGGCGGACCAGGGAGCCAUGUGUGAGACCAGCCAGCAGACGGCCACGCCAGCACUCAUCAUCAUCAUCAACAGCACCUGAACAUUGUCCCGCCCCAUCAUCAAUAGCCAAUUAACCAUCUGUCAAUCAUUACUACCAAGGCUCCAGAGUCCCCCAUUGGUUGGCAACAACAGGGUUGAGAGACGCACCCAGCAAGAAAUAUCUUCCACAUCCCAUCUUUCCACCCAGUUUCAAAUCACCCACUCCACUCCCCGCCCUAAAAAGUUGACACAUUUUUCCAAUUAUGUAAAAACAAAAUAGAAUGUUCAAAUUAAAUUGUGCAUCAGUUCAGCUUGUAACCACUUUGAUGGUCCGACUGUUGACUAUUUUAUGUCCCAGCAACAAAGCAAAACAUCAUGGACUUACAUGUAGAAGAAGGAACUAUUUUCUCUCUCUCUGCGUAUGAGUCUAUCAUCUCAGUGGAGGCGCUUUGGUUUUGACCUUUUUUUAUUUUAUGAAAUCAACCCGUGAAAGGGAAGGACACAGAACAGACAGACAUUCUAAACAAAGACAAUGACCUGUCUCCUAUGGUAACGUGGCAUCUGUCUGCCGCCAGAGAUUUUUAUUUUAUUUUUACUGUUGAAAAACGAAUCACAGGUUGUUGUUGUUGUUGAGCUAUCACAGUAGUGAUUACAUUGUUUACUUACUGGAUUAACCUGGAUGAGGAAGUAGGAAGAACUGCCCCACAUGGACCAGACUGUCGGCACAUCACAAACCCUUUAGAAUAUGAACCAGAGGUUGACCACUAUACUAUGAUGAACGAAUCCUUUGACUGACAGGCCCUGAUGCUGCCUGCCCACCUGUCUGUUGUUGGUCUGUAGUCCAUCUGGAUUUACUGUGCUGUCAGUCUCCACGAGCACACACGUAAUUUUCUACAAAACAAACUAAUGAAUCAAUCAAAUCAAUAUGUUCCCUAUACUUCUCCCUCAUUGGACGACCUCCACCUUGUGAUCAAGCUGUUAUUUAAAUGUAUGUAUUUACUCAACUGCUUUUCAGAUGAAAAUGAUGUAUUAUAUUUAUAACAAAUUUACUGUAAAUAGAAAUAAAACGUAACCAUUGAUAUGGGCUGUGAGAUACA